CUCUCCUAGGUGAAUAUAGCCGAAUCUCUCAACGACGAAGAGGUAAAGAAGAUUCAUGAUGGUCGGAAUACGAAACUCGGAUACCCAACCACUCGAAGAAGUUGGCAUGGACAAUCGUCGGCACGUGUUUCGUUCCGACAGUCUCCGACAAACAAAAACAUAAUUCCAACAAAUGGUUCUCCCAGAUAUUCCUUGAAUGGACAGCAACAACCAGUCCAUGCAAAACUAGUUGCCGUAAAUAAUCACGAAGAUAGGAUGCGUGCGCAUUGGUCUACCGGUAGUCCCCGACUGCAUGCUUCGGAAAGGCCUCGGCUUUUGUCAGAUACUGUUGUCAUGAACAGACCUCGUGGAUACCCGAGUAUGAAUUGUAACGUUCAUCCUAAUUUUGAAAGGAAUUUCAACGGGUGUCGGAGCAGAAACGUCGAAAUGGCACAAGCGUCGGAUGUCGGUGUAAGACCAGAACGCCGGCGAUCACCGCCCGAUUAUUUGACAGCAAUAAAGCACUCAAAAGGUAGAUUUUGUAUUAUCUAUUUAGGAAAGCACGCAAUUAGCCAUUCGGAAGUUGAUGAGUGGACUGGGGACGAGUGUUAAAAAGUCAGUGCCGAAAUUAAGAAAUGAACCAAAUCACUAAAAAGACCACUUCAAAAUUAGUGAAUAUACAAAGUUUGAAGACGUUUACAUGAAUACCCUUCGAAUUAUAAGCUUUCGAAAAUUGUGAAAUUACUGAUUAAAAGACUGUUUUUGGGACGCGCGUCCGCAAAAACAAGAAUUACAGUCCAUUUCAUCAUACGGUAAAUAUCGCGAUUUUCGAAAGCUUAUUAUUCGAAGGGUAUUCAUGUAAACGUCUUCAAACUUUGGGCACUUUUUAACAACACUCGUCCUCAGUCCUCUCAUCAACUUCGGAAUGGCUAAUUAUUUUACAUUUGCAAACUAAGCAUUCGAAACUUCACUAACUAUCAUGUUUCGCUCGCUACUCUGGUUUAAAUAAAUGAUUACAAAGCCCAGUCGAAUUGUAAUCAAGACCCAACGUUUCGACACUCCAGUCUAGUGUCUUCAUCAGGGGUGAUCUAAAACUGCGAUCAUGGCUUCUUAAAUACCCAAGGGAUGACGUCACCUGCCAAGAAGAUGCAUAUAUUCCUCUGGCAAAUAGGCGCCGUCAUCCCUAUUCAAAGCAUGAUGACUUAUAUUUAUAUGCCACGCUUCUAGGCAAAGUCUUUGACCAUAGCGAUUGUUUGUGGUAAUUACUUUAGAGUUUUCCCACGCAAUCUCGUGUUUGGUGUAACAUACAUGUUCGGCUAAAGCUGAUUUUCCCUUGUCUAAAGUUGAAACAGCCUUUUGAUGUUCUUUUAGCCGUGUACCAAACUGGCGUUUAAACUGACCCAAAUACUCUUUGUCGCAGUCACCGCAUGGUAUAGAAUAUAUAGCAUGAGUCUUCUGAUUUUUUUUUCAACAGGAUCUUUUGGCUUUGCGAAAAUAUGGCCUAAGGUCAAAUAGGGCUGGCAGGUGACGUCAUCCCUUGGGUAUUUAAGAAGCCACGAUCGCAGUUUUAGAUCACCCCUGAUGAAGACACUAGACUAGAGUGUCGAAACGUUGGGUCUUGAUUACAAUUCGACUGGGCUUUGUAAUCAUUUAUUUAAACCAGAGUAGCGAGCGAAACAUGAUUGAUAUACCUGGUUGCAGUGAACGAACAAACUUUAUAUUCACUAACUAUGUUUGGAAGACUUGUGGCUCUAACUGUAGGAAAACAAAUUUAGCUAUUUGAGUAUUUAGUUGUAGCGACGAAGGGAAAAAAUAGUAUUUGAAUGAAAUCGGCCAGUCACAUUUAAAGCUACAUAACAAGAACAAUUCUUAAUGUUUGUUUCAGGUCUACAGAGGAAGGCAUAUCGUGCUUACUUUCCAGGAGCUGAGAAGCAUUUGGCGAACACGGAUAAAGGGUUUUCAACUGGCCGCCAUUCGCCCACAGAAAGAAACAGGUUUCACACUAAACCAAAAGAGCCCAUGUCGCAUAUUGUUAAAGAAACGUCGUUUGUCGGGCCAUCGAUUUUCACGAAAUACCAGCCGUCCUCAGAUCCAUCCUUCACUCGCGCACGUCGGUCGAGAAGUCUCAACGAGAAGGAUACGAUUGCGAGACGAAGGCUUCAAGAUUCCGAUAUUUACAGAAGACGGGCGAUGGAAAUUAGUCAGAAACAUUACAGUGACGGGGACUGUUUGAACCAUUUUUCAAGGUAAAUCUCGCUAAAGUACUUCAUACCCAAAAAUUACGAAAUAUACAUUGUAAUUUUAAUUGAAUUUCUCUAUCAUUUUUUCCCAUCGGG